AUGCCUCGUGGUCAUAAGAGCAAGCUCCGUGCUCGGGAGAAACGCCGCCAAAACAAAGCUGAGGACCCAGGUGUUAAGAGUGCUCAGGCCCCUGCAAGAGAGGAAGGAGAGGCCUCUUGCUCCUCCUCUUCCGUUUUUGGGGAUGGUCCCUCAACCUCCACUGGUGCUGGCCCUCUCCAGGCACCUCAGGAUGCCCCAGCCACCACCAGUGCUGCUGCAGGUGCUUCAGGUGAAGGAUCUGCUGUAAAAGCCAAAGGCAAGGUUCAGAAAAGUAAAAAAGCCUCCCAGGUCUCAACCUCCACUGGUGCUGGCAUUCUCCAGGCACCUCAGGAGACCCCAGUCACCACCAGUGCUGCUGCAGGUGCUUCAGGUGAAGGACCUGCUGUAAAAGCCAAAGGCAAGGUUCAGAAAAGUAAAAAAGCCUCCCAGGUCUCAACCUCCACUGGUGAUGGCAUUCCCCAGGCACUUCAGAGUGCCCCAGCCACCACCAGUGCCACUGCAGGUGCUUCAGGUUAUGGGUCUGCUGUAAAAGCCAAAGGCCAAGUUCAGAAAAGUAAAAAAGCCUCCCAGUCCUCAACCUCCACUGGUGCUGGCAUUCUCCAGGCACCUCAGGAGACCCCAGUCACCACCAGUGCUGCUGCAGGUGCUUCAGGUGAAGGACCUGCUGUAAAAGCCAAAGGCCAGGUUCAGAAAAGUAAAAAAGCCUCCCAGGCCUCAACCUCCACUGAGAGCUCUGGCCUAGAUCUUAUAAGUAAGAAGGCAACUCUGUUGGUAGAGUACCUGCUGUGUCAAUAUAAAAUGAAUGAGCCCAUUAAAAAGGGAGACAUGCUGAAGAUCAUCCACAAGUGGUACAGAAAGGACUUCCCUGAGAUCCUCAAGAAAGUCUCUGAGCACAUGGAUCUGGUCCAUGGCCUAGAGUUGAAAGAAGUCAAGCCCAACAGUAAUUACUACACUCUUGUAGAUAGUCAAGGUAACACCAGCGAUGAGAGCCUGGGCCGUGGCUUCAGAUUUCCUACCAGAGGGAUUCUGAUGCCUCUCCUGGCUGUGAUCUUCUUGAAUGGCAACCGCACCUCUGAGGAGGAGAUCUGGGAAUUCCUGAGUAUGAUGAGUGUCUAUGAUGGAAAGACUCACUUCAUUUUUGGGGAGCCCAGGAAGCUUAUCACCCAAGAUUUGGUGCAGGAAAAAUACCUGGUGUACCAGCCGGUGCCCAACAGUGAUCCUCCACGCUACGAGUUCCUGUGGGGUCCAAGAGCCCAUGCCGAGACCAGCAAGAUGAAAGUCCUGGAGUUUUUGGCCAAGCUCAAUGAUACCAGGCCCAGUGCCUUCGCAAUCCAAUAUGUAGAGGCUUUGAGAGAUGAGGAAGAGAGGGCCCAAGCUAUACUCAAGGCUGCCACUCCUUCCAAGGCCAGUAGGCGCUCCAAGAACACGUCCAAGCACUACCCACAGCCUGAGUGA